AUGGUGGAUAACGAUAAUGACGACUCAUCCAUCAUCACAAACAAGAACAACAACGCCAAGAACCCUGCCCUUGAUCACUCAAGUCCAUAUUACCUAUAUCCUGUUGAAAAUCCCGACAUUGUUCUUGUAUCACCUCCAUUAUCGGAGAAUAACUAUGAAUCUUGGAGUAGAUCCAUGAAGCGAGCUCUUCUCAGCAAGAACAAGAUCAAGUUUAUCAAUGGAAAGAUAACAACUCCGGACAAAAAUGAUUCCUUGUUCGAUACUUGGGAACGCUGCAAUAACAUUGUGCUUGCAUGGAUCUCUACGACUCUUUCUCCUGACAUUGCACAUAGCAUAAUCUAUAUCGACAAUGUUGCUCAAUUCUGGACAGAUCUUCAACAUCAUUUUUCAAAAACUGAUCAUUUCAUAUUAUCGGAUCUUCUUCAACACAUUCAUUUUAUGCGCCAAGGAGACAAAUCGGUAACAACGUACUUUAAUGAACUCAAAAUACAUUGGGAAGAUCUGGAAACUCUCAGAGUUCUUCCUUCUUGUACAUGUGGUGCUCAUGCUACCAUCAAGAAACAACGUGACAUGGAGUAUGUUAUGUGUUUCUUGAAAGGAUUGAAUGAAAACUACAACACCAUCAACUCUCAAAUUCUUAUGAUCGAGUCUCUUCCUGAUGUUUUGAAAGUUUUCUCUUCGAUCUUGCAACAUGAACGUCAAAUCUCUUCUUCUUCUUUCUUUGAUAAUUCUAACAUUCUCUUGGCUCAAUAUCAACACAUGACUUCAAAUAGAUUUAACGCCAAACACAACAAAGGGCGUGGAAAACCCUCUUCCUACACCAAAUCCCCAAGUAACUCCAAAGUGUGUUCAUUAUGUGGUAAGACAUGCCAUAUUGUUGAUACCUGCUAUUUCAAACAUGGCUUCCUACCAGGUUUUCGUUUCAAAUAUAGAGUUGGAUUCACCAAUAUUGUUGCUACUGCUCAAUAG